UAUAGACGGGUUUCUGUGCAACGUCAUCGCAGAUGUGCGCGCGCAGCCAGGGGGCAGAAAGCGGGACAUUUGUCAUUUGUUUACCAGCGGAGUCAGCGGAGAACGAAAAUGACAAGGAGCUGUUGUGCUGUAAACUGCACGAAUCGGCAAAAGGAUGGAUGGAAACUUUAAUAUCCCGAGAGGAUCUCAUCCUUUUGCCAAGAGAAGAAGAAGAUUGUGGCUCCAGGCCAUUAAAAGGGCGGAUUGGGGUCCCGAAGGUCCUAAAGGCGGCGAGAGUCUGUGCAGCGCCCACUUCGUUUCUGGGUCACCGUCCAUGGAUUGUGAUAGUCCAGAUUUUGUUCCAUCCGUUUUUUCACACAGCAGCAACAGAGACAUCUCGGGAAAGGUGGCAAGAUAUGAAAGAAAGAGAAUAAGAGAUGAAGAUAAGGCCCCUGCUACCUGCCCCACAAGCCAGCCUGAAGCAGAUACUGCAGAUUCUUCUGAAGAUGAAUGUAAGUUUGUGUCCAGAAAAGAGAUGCACCAACUCAACCUGCAGUACAACCAGCUCCGUGAUGAUUAUGAAGCUCUGAAAAGAGAACUGUAUGCCACACAGGAAGAAAAUAAACAUCUGAAGGAGCAACUGAAGCAGUCCAAGUUUGGGUUUGAUUCCAUAAAAGACACAAAUGCUAAAAUAUUUUUUUUUACUGGUUUACAAUCAUUACAAAUGGUUAUGUGGCUGCUGGAUAUUGUAAAAAGAAGCACACUUGUGCUUAAGGGUGGGUUAAGUUGGGAGAACCACCUCCUUUUGGUUCUAAUGAAAGUAAGACUUGGACUCACCAACAGAGACCUUGCCUACAGAUUUGGGCUUCCAUUCUCAACUGUAUAAAAAAUACUAAGAGACUGGAUACCCAUGUUGUCCUCAAUAGUGAAACCUUUGAUAAUGUGGCCUAGUAAGGAUGCAGUGAGAGCAAACAUGCCAAAGUGUUUUAAACCCAAAUUUAGGAAUUGUCGAUGUAGACUGUACUGAAAUCUUUAUAGAAAGAACACACAAUCUUAAAGCAAGGGCUGAAACCUGGUCAAAUUAUAAGCACCAAAACACAAUGAAAUAUCUAAUAGGAAUCACACCAGCAGGAGCUAUAUCUUUUUUGUCUAGUGGGUGGGGAGGUCGUGCCUCUGACAAGGUAAUAACUUUAGAUUCUGCCUUUUUGGGUAAACUUGAGCAUGGUGACGAGA